UUCUUGUUGCUGCACAAAUGGACAUUUGAAAGUGCUGUUGGCAAACACUUGCAAGCAUGGAGACCUCGUCAAUGCUGUCCUCACUGAAUGAUGAGUGUAAAUCAGACAAUUACAUUGAGCCUCACUACAAGGAAUGGUAUCGAGUAGCCAUUGAUAUGCUGAUUGAACAUGGGUUAGAAGCAUACCAAGAAUUUCUUGCCAAGGAACGAGUAUCAGACUUUCUAGCUGAGGAAGAAAUUAGUUAUAUUUUGAAAAAUGUCCAGAAAAUUGCACAAAGUACAGUACAUGGUACUGAUAAUGCCUGCGAUGACACCUCAUCCUCAGGGACUUACUGGCCCAUUGAGUCUGAUGUGGAAGCUCCAGAUCUUGACAUAGGCUGGCCGUACGUGAUGCCUGGACUCUUAGGGGGUACCCACAUAGAGCUCCUCUUUCAUCCACCAAGAGCACAGCUGCUUACAAUUAAGGAAACUAUUCGGAAAAUGAUCAAAGAAGCAAGAAAGGUCAUUGCUUUAGUGAUGGACAUGUUUACAGACGUGGACAUUUUCAAAGAAAUAGUGGAGGCAUCAACUCGAGGGGUAUCUGUAUACAUUCUGCUCGAUGAAUUCAACUUUAAUCAUUUCCUAAGUAUGACUGAGAAACAGGGUUGUCAAGUUCAGCGUCUCAGGAAUAUUCGAGUGAGGACAGUAAGAGGCCAAGAUUAUCUUUCAAAAACAGGAGCCAAAUUUCAUGGAAAAUUGGAGCAGAAAUUUUUGUUAAUUGACUGCCAGAAAGUUAUGUAUGGUUCUUACAGCUACAUGUGGUCAUUUGAAAAAGCUCACCUCAGCAUGGUUCAGUUAAUCACAGGCCAGCUCGUUGAGUCCUUUGAUGAAGAGUUCAGGACUCUCUAUGCCAGAUCGUGCGUCCCCAGUUCGUUCGCCCAGGAGGAGCCCGCCAGGGCGAAGGAGGGGAAAGCCCUGUGGGAAAACGGCACUUACCAGCGCUCCGUCUCCUCCUUGGCUUCUGUUUCCAGCCAGAGACACUUUCUUGGUAGACAAGACAAAAUUCACAAACUGGAUUCCAGUUACUUCAAAAACAGAGGGCUCUACGCUCGGAACGAACAUGACAAAUACAGCAUUAGAAACCAUGGCUACAAACCCCACUUCGUCCCCAACUUUAACGGCCCGAGCGCAGUCCGUCCGUAUCAGCCUAGUCAGAACGAGAACUGGAAGAGGCACAGCUACGCCGGCGAGCAGCCCGAAAACGCGCCGUACCUGCUGCUGAACAGGGCUGGGAACCGCCCCAUCAACCCUCCUGGUGCCUGGAAGAAGCCUUCGGACACCCUCAGCGUGACCUCCUCCUCACGGGGAGGCUAUGCGAGCCCCCGUGACACGCCUUCCCAGAGCUUUGGCACUUGGCUGGCCCAGAGGAAGACGACCCAUCUGGCAGACAGGAAUUCAAACGUGCGGAGGUCUUUUAAUGGGACAGACAAUCACGUUCGCUUUUUGCAGCAACGAAUGCCCACCCUUGAAAAUACCACGAAGUCCUUCUUGCGUAACUGGAGAAUCGAAUCGUACCUAAACGAUCACUCGGAGGCUGCGCCCGAUUCUGCCGGGUCGGCUCUGGGGGACCGCUUUGACAGCUAUGACAGUUCUGAGAACCUGAAAGGCAGCGCCCUCUACACACACGCUCGCCUUCGCCCCUCCCUAGUGUUUAAGCCAACUCUGCCCGAGCAGCAGGAAGUUAACAGCUGUACAACUGGCUCCUCCAAUUCCACCAUCAUUGGUUCCCAGGGAAGUGAGACACCCAAAGAGGCCCCAGACACCCCCACAAGCGGAGAGCACUUGACAGAAGAGCCCUUGUCCCAAUCAGGCCCCAAGCUCCCGUUGCAGUCAGAGACGCCAAGAGUGCAGGCUCCCGAAAACCACUCGGCAGCCUUCAACCAGGCUGCAGAAGGCCAUCCGGAGUCGAACAACUAUUUAUAUACGAACUUGUGUGUCAGUAAGCAGACGGGAAAUCUAAAGAAUCAACAACAAAAUGAGAAUCUGCUUAAAAGGCGAAGUUUCCCGCUCUUUGACCACUCAAAAGUCAAUUUAGAUCAUGCAAACAGUAAGCACUAUGUGUAUAGUACGCUUACCAGGAAUCGGAUCAGACAGCCCGAGAAACCCAAAGAGGACCUGCUGAAAAGUUCUAGAAGCAUGCACAAUGUGACCAACAGUGUGGAGGAAGAGGAGGAGGAGGGGGUCGCCAGGAGAGACCCCGCAGGGGGUGCAGCCAAGUCCAUUUCCAUCGCUGCUUUGGUUGAUGCGACUAAAGAGGAACCAAACAAAGAGCUCACAUCGAAGAAAGAAGUGAAGGGCUCCCCGAGCUUUUUGAAAAAGGGAUCUCAGAAGUUAAGGUCACUACUUAGCCUUACCCCAGAAAAGAAAGAGAAUCUGUCCAAAAAUAAAGCCUCUCCCUUUUAUAGGAUGUGUAGCAGCUCUGACACUUUAGUUUCUGAGGCUGAAGAGAAUCAAAACCCAAGAAAGUCAGAACCGAAAGUUGAUUCCUCCCCUCGGAGAAAGCGCACUUCCUCCUCCAACUCUCAAGGCAGCAUCCACAAGAGUAAGGAAGAUAUAACAGUCAACUCCGCUCAGGGGAUAAACUCUCCAUCCGACGACAGCGAUGAACUGCUACCUUCUCCAGGCCCAGUUGAGAACACGUUCUUAGAAAGGGCAGGGGAUGCCUCUGCCCCCAGGUUUAACACAGAACAGAUUCAAUACCGAGAUCCCAAGGAGAUGAAUAGAGUUGUUGCUCCUGUGAGAAAACCAGCUCCCCCAAGGCCAAAGCCCAACGAGCUGCUAAGAACUCAGUCAACUGACCGGCGCAUUUACAGUCGUUUUGAGCCUUUUUGUAAGAUCGAGAAUUCUAUUCAGCCAACGAGCAGCAUGUCAAAUACCAGUAUACACCGCCCAGAAAUAAAAUCCACAACUGUGGGCAAUAGUUACGGCAGGUCCAGCCCAAGGCUUAAUUACAGCACUAAUGUUUACCACACAUAUCAGCCAAAUGAAAACAAGUUCCGAGGAUUUAUGCAAAAGUUUGGAAACUUCAUACACAAAAAUAAAUGAAAUACUAUAAUUGCAAAUAGAUAUUAAAAUAGAAGAUGAAUGUGGCUAUAAAUAUUUGUCCAGAGAACAUGGUGGACAGUUUUUGUAACAUGCCAGUAGAUUUCUGUAGGGGCAGAAUUGGAGGUAUGAUGUAUAUUUUUACCAACAUACUGUGUACAGUAAAGUUAUUGUUCUGUGUGAUAGAGUUAACUGUGCUUAAUUAUGCUAUUGAUGGAAUGUCUCUAUAGACACAUGGUUUUUAAAUGGUUAUGGUAAAAAAAUGUAACUAAAUUGUUUUCUUCAGACUAAAGAUCUUCUUAAGUCUUAAAUAGAAACUUUAGUGGAGAGAUGGUGUAUGGGUUUUAACCAUUUAUUCCAGUCUUUCCUUUUAUAAAAGGACCCUAAUACUCUCAGUUGCCCUUUAUAACACCUCUUUAUGGGGUUUUCAUAACUUCAGAUUAUGAGUAAAUAAGACAAAGCCUUUUUGUUUAUAGCUGCCUUUAAAUUUUACAGGAUAACUUGUUAUAUUUUAUUAAUGUUUUAUUACUUUUCCUCUGGAGCAUAUACAGCUGGUUGGGUAGCUCAGAAACAUUUAAACUAUAUAGCUCAGCAUAUUUUUAUGUUGCCUGAGGGUGUUUGCAAAGUAUCAGCCUCCUGUAGUACAAGUACAUCAGAGGAAUGUGUUUUCCUUGUUUGAAAACCAGCCAGGAUGUGCUUCUUUCUACUCUUUCCAGGGAGCCUGUGUUUCACUUACCCAUCAGCUGCUAACCUUUUAUAGUCAUGUCUUCCUUCAACUUUAUAUAAAGCCAGCAGGCAUUGAAAAACCCGAAUUAUCCCUCUCCUUUUGCUAAUAUAAAAAAAACUUUUAGAAAUGUAAAUUUCUACAAAAAUGUUUGUCUUAGGGUUAGUAUGGCAAUGCUUAGGCGUUUUGCUCACAAACGUCUUUGCUCUUUUCUUAUGCUGAGCCCAAUGCGGUGUGACUGCGCAGUGCUUUCUUAGGAGCGCUGUGAUGAAUAUAGGUGGCACCUGGUCCAGUCUUCUGUGGCUGUGGGACCUGGUGGAAGGCCUUAAGGCUUCCUUUGUCUCAAUUUGAUGAUGACACUCAGAUCAUAGCAGCCCUUUGCCUUUCUUAGAGUAGUGAAAGAAAAGCUCCAUAUCCAUUACAGAAACUUUAACUCGGCUUUACCUCACCCACAAAGAACAGAAUUCAAGAAACAGUGCAUCACUGGAGAAGUGGGAAGGGUUUCCACAACGCUUUAAAUGUAACACCUUCUAAGUUGCUGUAUGGGGCAGUAUUUUAUUGUUUUUAAAAUUCAAGAUUCAGUCAAAUAUUAAUACUUAUGUUAUUAAAUAACUUAAAUGAUGGCAUUAAAAUAUCUAUGUCAUUUAAAUCAAUUUUCCAUAGUAUUUUAAAACCAUGAUAAGAAAUAGGAUGGGAGAAAACAUGACAGUCAGGAAAAGAAGCAUUUACUGAACGCUUACUCUACACCAGGUCUUGAGCCUGAACAUGAAGUCACCACAGCAAUGUUUUGUGGGUACCAUUGCCCUCAUUAUUUAUAGUUGAUAAUUGAGACAUUGAGAUUUAGAGAGAUAAUGCCCCAGGUCACAUAGCUAAUAAGUAAUGGUACCAAAGUGUCUAUGACAUACUGUCUCAUCACAUCACCGCCCAAAUGCUUUCAACUCCUGCCUCUCCCAAACUGUUAGGAAUUAAAUGAGAAAAUGUUUAUAUUUCCUGACACAACAGCAAUCAACCAAAAAGGGUUUAGUCGAAUUCUACCCGACAACAAGGACACACGGUGCUUAAAAUAAUCAUAGUAGGCCAGAUUGAGGAAUUAAGUUGAGAUUGAUUUAUGGAUAUAACCUAGCAGGCCAGUUUUAAUUGGUAGGCAGUCAUUUUGAUCCCUUUUAGUGGACCUGUGACAAUGAGAAGGAGGGGAAAGUAACUCUUAGUGAGCCAUAACCAGCUCUGUACUAGAAGAAGAAGCUCAUCAGGGUAGGAAGCUAGGCAGGGAAUGGAACUCAGUGUUAAAUAUAUAAUCUAGUAGUUGAAUAUUCACAAUAACCCUGUGAAGUAAGUACCUCCUUUUUGCAAAUAAGAAAACUAAGCCUCAGAGAAGUUAAAUAAUUUUCCAAGAGUUGCACAGCUCUGAAUUGGUAGAACUAGAGUUUAGACACAAAAGACUGUAUUUUUAAUACUAUACUACACCAUACCUUACUGGUUUCUUACUCUGUGCUUGAGGAACCUCCUUUGAAAGUAGUCAUUCUCUUUUGCUCUCUCCUUACAAAUUGCAGAACUAUAACUACAGCAAAGGCAUUUUAUAAACACAAAUCCAGAAUAGAAUAUUCAGUGUUACAUCAUUCACAAAAGUAGAUUUUAAAACUCAUUAUAACCUAAGGAAUUCCCAAGUACUACAACAUAGGAUUUAUUAUUUUGGUAAGCUGAACAUAAUCAAAACUUUUGCACACUUUGUAAUAAAUUAAUAGCAUAAAAAUAAAACAUUGAGGAAAGAGUCAUUUCCAGAAGCCAAGUAUAUUUACAAAAAAUAUGAAUUUAAAAAAUUUUGAAAUGUACAUUUUCUGGUAUUCAGAAAAGGAGUUCAGUUGCAGUAAAAAAGCUGUUUCUAAUUAUUAGUGGGUUAAUUUUUAGUCAUCUGGAAAUUAUAUGAUCUUCAUAGAUAAUAUCAGGUUAUUUAAAAACAUUAGCAGUGAGUGAAAGAGAUUUUUUAUUUUGCUCUUAGAAAAAUUGACUUUGUAAUUCGGGACCAUAGUCCUUAUGCAUUUACUAAAGGCAGAACCCACAGUUAGCCAAACUAGGUUGACUCUAACAUCUCACCCAUUCCUCAUUGCUGUUAGAUGGGGCAUCUUUCAGAGAUAAGGGGGUAACGGGCUAAUUGCCUUUCGGUGUUCUGAAAGUGCAAGCCUUGAAAAUUUAGAGCAGUGUAACUUUAAAGCUGAGAUUACCAAAGGACUAGAACGUUAAUCAUGUUUAAUUAUAAGCAAGAGCUAGUUGCCUUUUUGUACAGCAACUGCCAUCAUUUCUGGAAACAGCUUUUAAGUAGUUUCUGAGUUCCUCCCCUCCCUAGUGAAAUUGGGAGUACAGGAUGCUUUAUUGUAUCCACUUGGGAUGGGCAGCUUAGGCUUUUGCACAGCAGAUUUAUUUCCUGCCUUUCCUUCUUCUAUUUAUUUCCUUCAGAAAUAUCUAUAUGUCAGAAUCUUUCCAAAGUUUCCAUGGCUGAGCAACUCCACAAGGUUAAAACUGAGCAAGCACACAGUACUUCAAAACAGACACUCCGGACUUCAUGGAUGUAUUUAUUUCAAGCAAUAUCAAUUCUUUUUCUCCCAAAUUAAUAUUGGCAGAGAGAAUGUCACAUAAGUGUACGUUCAUAUUAAAAUUUGGUAAGGUCAUUUUUUACUUUCUACUUAGUACAUUAGUUUGGAAGCAGAAGCUGAAGAAAAUAGGUGUGAUUUUAAAGUAGUUCUUGGCAGAUAGCUUCAGAAUAGUUUAAGUGCCUGUACCCUGAAUCCAUUGUUGCCCCUCCAUGGAAGUAAAUAUUUAAUCAAGAUGACAUCUAGUGUGAUCUGUAUAAGCAGGAAGAAGGUGGAACUGACUGCAUUCAACUUCACGUUUUCUCAGGAUUAUCCAGUUAUUCAACUAUUAUUCCACAGAUAUUUGUCUUUUGUGACUAUCUGUUGAUUCUCAAUGUGCCUGUGGCUAAGGGAUAUAAAGUAGAGUCAUGAUUUCAUGUUAACUAUGUGUGACGCUGUUUUUUUAAAAAGAGUUAAUCAUAAUAUUCCAUUUGGACCCAGAAUAUUUAAAAUGAAAAGAAUGAAAUUAUAAACCAAAAAGUCAAAGUCAAUUUUUAACCUGCCUACAAUGUUAGCGAAGAAAUAUUCUUCCAAAUUAACUUCUGUUUUUAGUUCUAAUAAAUGAAUAUUAAAUCAUUUUGUACAAACAUCAA